GUGCUAAGGAUGGGAUAUAGUAAUAACAAUGCAGGUGGAAAGGCAGGGCCUGUGAGCUCUUGGAAACUGAGGGAGAAGAGAUUUCCUCACCCGGUGGGUGUGAUGGAGCCGGUGGUUGUGGAAAAUGUGACUGCCACGGAGUGAAGGGACAAAAGGGAGAGAGAGGCCUCCCAGGCCUGCAAGGUGUCAUUGGGUUUCCAGGAAUGCAAGGGCCCGAGGGGCCACAUGGACCCCCAGGACUGAAGGGCGACGCUGGAGAACCAGGGCUUCCUGGCACGAAAGGGACACGAGGGCCGCCAGGAGCAUCCGGUUACCCUGGGAACCCAGGACUUCCGGGCAUCCCCGGCCAGGACGGCCCCCCGGGCCCCCCCGGAAUCCCGGGAUGCAACGGUACAAAGGGCGAUAGAGGACCGGUCGGGCCGCCAGGCUUGCCAGGGUUCGCUGGAAAUCCUGGACCCCCCGGACCCCCCGGAAUGAAGGGGGAACCGGGAGAAAUACUCGGCCACGUGCCCGGGACACUGCUGAAAGGAGAACGAGGGUUUCCGGGAGCGCCAGGGAUGCCUGGCUCCCCAGGACUGCCAGGGCUCCAGGGACCCGUGGGGCCCCCCGGAUUCACCGGACCGCCAGGUCCCCCAGGCCCUCCCGGCCCCCCAGGUGAAAAGGGGCAGAUGGGCUCGAGCUUUCAGGGGCCGAAAGGUGACAAGGGUGACCAGGGCGUCAGUGGACCUCCCGGGGUACCUGGCCAGGCGCAGGUGAAGCAGAAAGGCGACUUCGCCCCGACAGGGGAGAAGGGUCAGAAAGGUGAACCCGGCUUUCAGGGAAUGCCAGGGGUUGGAGAGAAAGGUGAACCCGGAAAGCCAGGGCCUCGAGGAAAGCCUGGCAAAGACGGGGAAAAGGGAGACAGCGGGAGUCCGGGCCUCCCUGGUGACUCAGGGUACCCUGGGCUCCCGGGCCGGCUGGGCCCCAAGGGAGAUAAAGGCGAAGCUGGUCCUCCUGGUGCCCCGGGAAUUGUCAUAGGCACCGGGCCUCUGGGAGAAAAGGGAGACCGAGGCUACCCAGGCUCUCCCGGGCUGAGAGGGGAGCCGGGCCCCAAAGGUUACCCCGGAAUUCCAGGCCAGCAGGGGCCUCCAGGCCUUGUCACCCCAGGGCAGCCUGGUUCUCCCGGCUUCCCCGGUGUGAGAGGAGAAAAAGGCGAUCGAGGCCCGCCCGGCGUGUCAAUGCCUGGACUCAGUGGAAAGGAUGGGGCCCCCGGCCUCCCCGGUCCCCCUGGCCCCCCCGGGCGGCCAGGCCACACCAAUGGCAUCGUGGAGUGUCAGCCAGGACCGCCAGGCGACCAGGGUCCUCCCGGGACCCCAGGGCAGCCCGGACUGUCGGGCGAAGCUGGAGAGAAAGGCCAGAAAGGUGACAGCUGCCUCGUCUGCGACAUGGAAGGACUCCGAGGGCCCCCCGGGCCACAGGGGCCCCCAGGGGAGAUUGGUUUCCCGGGACAGCCAGGGGCCAAAGGUGACAGGGGCCUGCCAGGCAGGGACGGCCUCGAAGGGGUGCCUGGACCCAAAGGUGCCCCGGGGCUGAUUGGCCAUCCGGGAGCCAAGGGGGAGCCUGGCGAGAUCAUCUUCGACGCACGGCUGAAAGGUGACAAAGGAGACCCCGGCUUUCCAGGACAGCCCGGCAUGCCUGGCAGAGUAGGGACCCCUGGGAGAGACGGCCACCCAGGACUGCCCGGCCCCAAAGGCUCCCCGGGCUCAGUAGGAUUCAAGGGAGAACGUGGUCCCCCUGGAGGAGUUGGCUUCCCUGGCAAUCGUGGUGACAUCGGCCCACCUGGGCCUCCAGGAUUUGGUCCCAGUGGGCCCAUUGGUGACAAAGGACAAGCAGGCUUUCCCGGGAGCCCUGGGGCCCCUGGCCUGCCAGGUCCAAAAGGCGAAGCAGGAAGGGCUGUUCCCUUACCUGGACCCCCUGGAGCAGAUGGGCUCCCAGGGUCCCCUGGAUUCCCAGGACCCCAAGGUGACCGAGGAUUCCCUGGGACCCCGGGCCGACCAGGCCUCCCUGGGGAGAAGGGUGCUGUGGGCCAGCCGGGGAUUGGAUUUCCUGGGCCUCCGGGUCCCAAAGGUGUGGACGGCUUGCCCGGAGACACGGGACCUCCUGGAAUCCCAGGCCGCCCGGGAUUUAACGGUUUGCCUGGCAGCCCAGGGGUGCCUGGCCAGAAGGGAGAGCCUGGAGUGGGUCUCCCUGGGCUCAAAGGACUGCCUGGCCUUCCUGGUAUCCCUGGCACCCCUGGAGAGAAGGGCAGCAUCGGGGGACCAGGCAUCCCUGGGGAGCACGGAGCGCUUGGCCCCCCUGGGCUUCAGGGCAUCAGAGGUGACCCUGGACCUCCUGGAGCACAGGGCCCCGCAGGCCCACCAGGGGCUCCAGGACUCGGUCCCCCUGGAGCCAUGGGUCCCCCCGGAGGACAGGGCCUGCCAGGCUCAUCAGGUCCUCCUGGACUGAAGGGAGAGAAGGGGUUCCCCGGCUUCCCAGGACUGGACAUGCCCGGCCCGAAAGGAGACAAAGGGGCCCAAGGACUUCCCGGCCUAACAGGACAGUCGGGGCUGCCUGGCCUUCCCGGACAGCAGGGCACGCCAGGAAUUCCAGGGUCCCCAGGUCUCAAGGGAGAAAUGGGCAUCAUGGGCGCCCCAGGGCAGCCGGGCUUGCCAGGACCACUGGGCACCCCAGGAUUGCCUGGGGAGAAAGGGGACCACGGCUUCCCAGGCUCCUCCGGACCCAGGGGAGACCCUGGCUUGAAAGGUGAAAAAGGGGAUGCCGGGCUCCCUGGCAAGCCGGGGACCAUGGAUAAACUGGACAUGGGCAGCGUGAAGGGAGAGAAGGGAGACCAAGGAGAGAAAGGACAAAUUGGACCCACUGGUGACAAGGGAUCCCGAGGUGACCCUGGGACCCCAGGAGUGCCUGGCAAGGACGGGCAGGCAGGGUACCCGGGACAGCCAGGACCCAAGGGAGACCCAGGUUUAAGCGGCACACCGGGCACCCCGGGGCUGCCUGGGCCAAAAGGAUCGGUCGGUGGAAUGGGCCUGCCAGGAACACCUGGAGAAAAGGGUGCACCCGGCAUCCCUGGCCAGCAGGGCCUCCCCGGCUCGCCCGGACUGAAAGGGGCAAAGGGAGAGAAGGGACAGGCAGGUCUGCCUGGCAUUGGGAUUCCUGGGCGGCCCGGUGACAAGGGCGACCAAGGGCUGGAGGGCUUCCCUGGCACCCCCGGAGAGAAGGGAGAGAAGGGUAGCGCUGGGAUGCCGGGCGUGCCGGGGUCUCCGGGCCCCAAGGGGUCUCCGGGCAGCGUCGGAUACCCAGGAAGCCCAGGGUUGCCGGGGGAGAAGGGUGACAAGGGUCUCCCGGGACUGGAUGGCAUCCCUGGAAUCAAAGGAGAAGCAGGUCUACCCGGGACCCCUGGCCCCUUGGGCCCCGCUGGCCAGAAGGGCGAGCCCGGCAGUGAUGGCAUCCCGGGGUCAGCAGGGGAGAAGGGCGAGCCAGGCCUCCCCGGACGAGGGUUCCCAGGGUACCCAGGGGCCAAAGGAGACAAAGGUUCAAAGGGCGAAGUGGGCUUCCCUGGACUGGCUGGGAGUCCCGGAAUUCCCGGAUCCAAAGGCGAGCAAGGAUUGAUGGGUCCUCCGGGGCCCCAGGGACAGCCUGGCAUACCUGGUGCACCCGGCCACGCCGUGGAGGGUCCCAAAGGAGACCGGGGACCGCAGGGACAACCUGGCCUGCCAGGGCUUCCGGGACCCAUGGGGCCUCCAGGGCUCCCUGGGCUGGAUGGACUGAAAGGAGAAAAGGGGAACCCAGGCUGGCCGGGAGCGCCUGGUGUCCCAGGGCCCAAGGGAGACCUGGGGUUCCAGGGCCUGCCGGGUAUCGGCGGCUCUCCAGGAAUCGCAGGCUCUAAGGGCGACAUGGGUCCGCCAGGAGUUCCCGGCUUCCAUGGUCAGAAAGGUCUUCCUGGUAUCCAGGGAUUGAAAGGCGAUCAGGGUGAUCAAGGGCUCCCCGGGCCUAAAGGUCUCCAAGGUCCUCCCGGCCCUCCUGGUCCUUACGAUGUCAUCAAAGGCGAUCCAGGGGUUCCCGGUCCUGAGGGUCCCCAAGGUCUGAAGGGGCUCCAGGGACCCCCAGGACCCAAAGGGCAGCAAGGUGUGACUGGCUCUGCGGGCGUCCCGGGACCUCCAGGAAACCCCGGCUAUGACGGUGCCCCUGGCCAGAAAGGAGAGACGGGUCCCUUCGGACCGCCUGGGCCCAGAGGGUUCCCAGGCCCCCCAGGGCCCGAUGGGCUGCCAGGAUCCAUGGGGCCCCCAGGCACCCCGUCCGUUGACCACGGCUUCCUGGUGACCAGGCACAGCCAGACGACCGAGGACCCGCUGUGUCCACCCGGGACCAAGGUCCUUUACCACGGCUACUCUCUGCUCUAUGUGCAGGGUAACGAGCGGGCCCACGGCCAGGACCUGGGCACGGCGGGCAGCUGCCUGCGCAAGUUCAGCACCAUGCCCUUCCUGUUCUGCAACAUCAACAACGUCUGCAACUUCGCCUCCCGCAAUGACUACUCCUACUGGCUGUCCACGCCUGAGCCCAUGCCCAUGAGCAUGGCGCCACUUGCCGGGGAGAACAUCCGGCCCUUCAUCAGCAGAUGUGCCGUGUGUGAGGCGCCCGCCAUGGUGAUGGCUGUGCACAGCCAGACCAUCCAGAUCCCGCAGUGUCCCAGCGGGUGGUCCUCGCUUUGGAUUGGCUACUCCUUCGUGAUGCACACCAGUGCCGGUGCCGAGGGCUCCGGCCAAGCCCUGGCAUCACCCGGGUCCUGCCUGGAGGAGUUCAGAAGUGCGCCCUUCAUCGAGUGCCAUGGCCGCGGGACCUGCAAUUACUACGCCAAUGCUUACAGCUUCUGGCUCGCCACCAUCGAGAGGAACGAGAUGUUCAAGAAGCCCACGCCCUCCACUUUGAAGGCCGGAGAGCUUCGUACGCAUGUCAGCCGCUGCCAAGUGUGCAUGCGAAGAACAUAACGGGGCCAACCCAGCUGCCGUCACAACAUGGUGCUACUCCUCCUCCUCCUCCGCUCGCUGCCGCCUCCUCUUUUAUUUUUAACAGCAACGAACCCUAGAAAUAUAUCCUGUGUACCUCACUGUCCAGUAUGAAACCGCAAAGUGCCUUAUAGGAAUGUGUGUAACUAACACGCCUGCUUCACUGGUCUCUGCUUGCUGAAGGAGAAGAGAGACAACGAUAAACUUUCCAUAGUGGCAUCCAGAUGGCACUUGUGAUGAGUACAAUACCAGUCCUGCUCCGAUCCUGCACUGAGGUGCGAAGUUGGAGCCCCAAGGUGCUAGAGGCGUGGGGCCACCCACCGCCCACCUGCCCGCCUGCCCUGCUCAGCCUUGUGUUGUAAUAGAUGAGUUUCCCACCCCACAGGAAUGUCUGUAGAGCACCGUCUCGUGUUUCCAAAUCCAGGUCCCUUGGUCUGUGCAAACGAUGGCGAUGUAAAAGCGGUCUCCGCAAACCUCCAAAUGCAAUGACAGACUCAGUAAACCACUUCCCCUCCAGCCCCAGACAAAUUGGUGUCUCUCCGCUCUGUGUGGUACUACGCAGCUCCUCUGGCAGAAGUGCCAACUUUCCUGUGGAAUAAAGAUGGUCCAAAAGUAGUGAGAAAUUAAAUAUAUAUAUUUUAGUAAUUUAUAUAGACGUCAGCAAUUAGGCAGGUCAAAUCCUAGUGUAACUUCCACUGUUGAAAUAAAGCUUACCUAGUUCUCUUGCAAGACUGUGCUGUCCUUUAACACAGGUUUUUAAACACUCCGAUACCAAAUGUGAAACACCAGCUUUCCUCGUUCACUUCCAAACCAAAAAUCACUGAUGCCCAAAGCAGAUGCGGGUUGGUGCGCACGGGGCCUCGGGCCUUUGGAACAUGCACUUUGAGCUGAUUGUUUCGACUCUGUUGAAUACUUUCAGGGUUUUAAACACUAACCACAAACUGAACGACUUGACUUCAAAAGCAGCGGCAGUAAGGCCUUCCGUGCAGUAGCACCCUCUCGCCGCCGCGCGAGGAGAGCGCUGUGGAGCGCGAUGUCCGUACUUCUGCUCAGGUGCGCGCGCAGGCCACUUCCGCUUCCGGCCGCGCCUGGGCCUCGCAGACUCCGCAGGGAGCGAGGGUCGCAGGAGGGCAGAUUCGGACCACUAUGCUUGAAAUGACAUUUCACCAAAAGUCUCCAAAACUUUCUCAAGACUACUAAGGCCUUUUCUGUAAUAUCUUUACAUGUGUAUUUCUUAAAAAUUCAAAUUUGUAAUAAAACUAUUUGUAUAAAAAUUAAGCUUUUAUGAAUUUGUUGCU